GGACACCGACGCUUUCUCACCCCCUUCUUCGUGGCCCCUCUCACCGUGGUUUGCGUGCUAUUCUUCCUUCCUGCCGGCCUGCCUUCCCAGCUAGACUGGUUGAUCCGUACCUUUCUCUGCCUCUCCCCUGCUUCAUCCCGCUCAUCGAUUCAAUCGCAGAUUGGUUACAGGGAAGGGGACGGCCGCCCAUGGCGGAGCUGGUGGGCCCGCGGGUGUACAGCUGCUGCCAUUGCCGGAACCACGUUUGCCUCCACGACGACAUCAUCUCCAAGGCCUUUCAGGGAAGGAAUGGUCGUGCAUUUCUGUUUUCUCAUGCCAUGAACAUAGCUGUGGGGCCUAAGGAGGAUAGGCAACUAAUGACAGGGCUUCAUACGGUUGCUGAUAUCUACUGCCGUGAUUGCCGCGAAGUACUGGGUUGGAAAUAUGAGAGAGCUUAUGAGGAGUCGCAGAGAUACAAGGAAGGGAAGUUCAUAUUCGAGAAAGCAAAGAUUGUUAAAGAGAAUUGGUAGUGAUUAAUGAUUUGGCUAUCCGAAGUCAAUUGUGAAAGAUGCAGUCAAUGUCUUUGUACAUAGCUGUCGGCUGUCGCCUGUAGGUUCCAAUAUUUUGGUGGCAUGAUUGUGUUCAUGCCAUUUGUAAUCUGCACUCGUUCUGUUCAUUUUUGUAAAGAAGACAGAUGCGUGCUUAUCUGUUUGGUAAACAAUGUCAUUCAUAAAUGAAUGACUUGUUCUUUGUUAUUUUUCCAGUUGUUA